AUGGUUUGGUUUCCUUUUGUAUCAGGAAAUAAACCUGAAUUUAAAAAUAAUAGAGAAGCAAGAAAACAAUGCUGGGAAUCAAGAGACAUUUAUUUUGACUGUCUUAAUAAGAUCGAUGUUAUUAGUCCCUUAGAUCCAAAAAAUAAAAUUAAAAUUAAAAAGAAUUGUAGCAAUCAAGAAAAAGGGUUUGAAAAUGAUUGUGCAAAUAGUUGGAUAAGUUAUUUUAAAGAGAAAAGAGUAACAGAUUAUAGAAAUGAAUUGAUUCAAAAACAAAUGCAACAAGAUGAACAAAAUCAAAAUCAAUUACAACAGAAAUAA